GCGACCGAGGGCGAGGGCGGGCGUUCGGGGAUGAUGCCGUGCGAGCGCAGGAUGUCGUUCCAUUCUGUGUCUUCGGUCGGGUCUACUUCGACCUGCAUUGUGCUGGUGUGUGGAUGUGGAGAUGUGAAUGUAGAUAGUCGUUGAUCAGAAGGAGAGAAGGUGGCUCUCAUCGCGCGCCGCACGUGUUUUGAGCUUUUUCUUCCUCAUCUUCACUUUGCUCAUCUUCACUUCUUCACCUCAUCUUCACCUCAUCUCCACCAAAAUGGCCACACAAAUAGGCGUCGUCCUUCCCGGCGACCCGAUCCCGCUCGACUCAGUCAUCCCUCCUUCGACCUCCGAGCCCGUGAUCCAGCUCGGCCCCGGAACCCUCCACAUCCCCCCCUCAACCAUCCUCCCCGUGCGCGCAGGCGCCCUCACCGCAUCCACCACAUCCACACCCACAACCUCAACCACCACAAUCUACGUCGACAACUCGACAGGCCGCUACACGCCCGCCGUGCACGACGUCGUCAUCGGCACCGUCGCCUCCCGCUUCGGCGACCUCGAAAACGCAUACUACAGAGUCCUUCUCCCGUCCUCCACCGCACCCCAGGGCAUCCUCGCCGCGUCCGCGUUCGCAAACGCAGCCAGCAGGAAAACCCGCCCGAACCUUCUUCCAGGCACGGUCGUCUACGCGAGAGUAGCAGCCAUGUCCCUUGCGCUCGGCGAGCCUGAACUCGAGUGCUUCGACGAACGGACGGGCAAAGAGGCGGGGUUUGGCGAGUUGAAAGGCGGCAUGGUCGCAGACAUCAGCGUCGGUCUUGCGCGCAGACUCUUGCUCUUGUCGUCGGCUGCGGCCGCAAAGGCAAAUAGUGGAAGACUUUCGGUUGUUGAUGUACUCGGACAGACGCUUGCGUUUGAGAUCGCGGUCGGUAGAAAUGGGCGGAUAUGGGUUAACUCGGAUUCGUGCGCGACCACUGUCGCAGUCAUCAGAGCGAUUCAAGAGACUGAAUUCAUGACUUAUCACGAUAUGCAGGACCACGUUGCUAAGAUAGUAAAGAACCUACAACGGUCGCAAAAGUGAUUUAAUCACAAUAAUAAAACAAUCGCAUCAUCAAUUUACACACACUACUA